AUGUCUCCUCGCUCCAGAGGCGUCAAGCGCGUCAUUGGCGCUCUCGGUAUGUGCCCAACGCAUUGGAUCUUUCAUGGACGGAACGCUCACAUGACCACUGUAGCGUCUCCCAAUGCACUGCAGCACAUCUGCUCUUCCUGCCUUCAGACGCUUUCACGAAGAAGCUAUGCAGCAGCAGCCGCUGCUCAAGGGAUUUCUCAAGAUACUGCCCCUCCGAUCACUCAACUCUCUCCCCUCGGUGCCGAAGCCCUCCUUGCGCCUCAACCGACGUUCACAAUAAAAGCCGGCGUCGUGCUCUCACGUCCACCGCUAAUAACGCCGGACCCGCACCCCUUCGAAACAGCCUAUUACCUGUACCAGCGGCGACUCAAUGAACGCUUAGUACUGCCGUUCACGCAGUAUUUCUACUAUCGUCGUAACACGCCCGCAUUUGAGCACUGGAGAAAACACCGACGCGAACGGGGAGGCACUGCCACACGGGAUAUAGGAAUGUACAACGCGUACACGAAAGAGUCAUGGAACGAUGAGGUCCUCGUGGGUGAUGAGACCGGUCGUCCGGAGCAGAUCGUCGAGAAGUUGGUUGCCGAGGAAGGUAGGCAAGCAGAAUUCACUGGGAGAGGCAAUCCAAAGUACGCAGGUUUACGGAGGACGACAGAAGCGGACGAGAAGGGCGACUUGAGGAGUCUGGAGAGGCGGUUGCAGCGUACACUGUACUUGCUGGUCAAGACAAAGGGCGACGACAACGGAGACGAGACGUGGAAUUGGAAGUUUCCUUCCGGGCCCAUCGCUGGGUAUGAAGGCUUGAAAGAGGCUGCGCAACGAAUCCUCUUCACCUCCCUCGGUCCCAACAUGAACACCUUCUUCGUGGGCAACCAUCCCGUCGGCCAUUCCAUCCCACUCAAACAAGAUCUCGCAGCCACUCAAUCGCUUAUCGAUGGCGAAAAGACUUUCUUCAUGAAAGCGCGGAUCAUGGCUGGGCAAGCUGCACUGCCGACCACCGCCAAUACGAAAAUCCACGACUUCCGCUGGUUGAGCAAAGACGAGGUGGAGAGCACGGUGCAUCCGCAUUAUUGGCGCAGUGUGCGCAACAUGCUUGUUGCACAGUAG